AAUGGCAGUAAGUGAUUGCUCUGUGUGAGCUUGCCUAGGGAGUGGCUGGGAUGAGUGCAGAAAGUGGGAAGAUGCGUGGUCAUGCUUCCUCCUCUGGUGACAAGAAGUCCAAGAGAAAGCCUAAGAGAAAGGAAACUUAUUCAGUCUAUAUCUACAAAGUUCUGAAGCAGGUGCACCCUGACACAGGAAUCUCCUCCAAGGCCAUGAGCAUCAUGAACUCGUUUGUCAAUGACAUCUUUGAGCGGCUGGCCGUGGAGGCGUCGCGCCUGGCUCAGUACAACCACCGCUCCACCAUCACCAGCAGGGAGGUGCAGACGGCCGUGCGGCUGCUGCUGCCUGGUGAGCUGGCCAAGCACGCCGUGUCCGAAGGCACCAAGGCUGUCACCAAGUACACCAGCAGCAAGUGAUGCUGUGUUGCAAUAAAGCCUUCCUGCUCUGA